CGUAGCGCGCUUCUCCCUCUCCCGUUUGCACGCCGCGGCGACGACGCACGCGGCGGAGAGAGCCAACUUUCAGAAUCGCUUUUUUCCUCGGGUGGGUUGGUCCGCCGUUGCGGCCGCAGCGGUGGUAGUGGUCGUCGCUCGUGGCCUGUUGCGCCACGACAGCAACUCGUUCGCCGGACCAACACCGAAGAAACCGCUUCCUUCCCAGAACUGAACUCCGCAACCUACCUACUUCAUCCGGCAGCUGCAACAGGUGAAAUGGACGAACGAAGUUAUCCGUCUCUUACCCCGCGGUGCAGCGAUUGUGCUGGAAGGUUGUGAUUGUGCGUUCAGGUAGCGCGUAGAGAAGCAGCGGCGCUGCGCGACAACUGCCGAGUUUGCCGUCUGGGAACGAAGAAAAGAAAACGACAGAAGCCGGCUGCCGCAGCGGCGAGACACUACAACUGUGCAUGAGAAACUUUUUUUAUUUUUCCUCUUCGUUGUCGCACUCCAUUGUGGUGAAUACAGCCGCCCCACGCGCGUGCGGUGCGGCGAGUUUUGUGUUUUUCCUCGUGACUGACGUCUUCGCCGCGAGCCACGUGUUCGCUCGAGACGACGCGGUUGGGGCCGGCGUGCCGGCCGGCGUCGCGGCGCUUUAGACUUCACCGGCGCAACGGCGGUGGCCUGACCUGGAUUUGGGACACGUUCCAGCCCCCGGCGACCGAUCAUGAGGAUCAUUCCUAACGCGGUGGUGGCAUCGAACGUCCCCACAAGACCACGGAUGACCCGGGCAGAGAUGGGACCACUGAACCUUUCGCGAGAAGAACGCAGAUCAACGCUGCGGCACUGAAGCUCCGAACUUUCAAACCACUGUCACCUUCGCAGAAUUGAUUGUGGUAUACUUUGUGCGGUAUUUAUAUAAAAUCGACUCAAAUCUAUAACCUCGACGAUGACUCUCAUCAGCGGUGAAAGACAGCGGUUCGCCCGCGACGACAGCGUCUCCAGUCUGGGCACCAUGACCAACUCUCAGAGCAACGAGCCGCUCGUGGUCGGCAAGGCUCCCGUCGUCCCGGACGCGCUCGGUGUCCCCGACACCUCCGUGCGACCUCACUCGACCGACGCCGAGGUCUCCGAGGACGCGGGAGGGACCUGUGGCUGGGGUUGCCUCCGACCCCGCUGGCUACAGCGGUUCCGCACGCCGCCGUGGGUGCUCUUCUUCCUGUGCUGGGCGGGAUUCCUUCAGGGACUCAUAGUGAAUGGCUUCGUCAACGUCGUCAUCACGACCAUCGAGCGGCGCUUCCAGUUGCGCAGUUCCGAGAGCGGCCUGGUGGCCAGCGGCUACGACAUCGCGUCCUUCGUACUCCUGGCGCCCAUCAGCUACUUCGGCGGCACCCGCAGCAAGCCGCUCUUCGUCGGCGUGGGCUGCCUCGUGCUCGGCCUCGGCGCGCUCGUCUUCUCCAUGCCGCACUUCCUGGCCGGCACGUACGCCUUCAGCACCGAGGACGACAGCGAGAGCCUCUGCGUGGCGGUGGCCAACGCCACGCGGGGCUUCUGCGCCCACAGGGAAGCGUUGGGUGGUAACGGCGGUGGCUCCCUGAACCAGUACAAGUACAUGUUCCUCGCCGGUCAGAUGUUGCACGGCGCCGGAGCGACACCCUUCUUCACGCUCGGCUGCACGUACCUAGAUGAGAUCGUGUCCACUAAGAUGUCCUCCGUGUACAUCGGCAUUUUUUACACUAUGGCGAUCAUCGGUCCCGCACUGGGCUACAUCCUAGGUGGCCAGUUCCUUAAGAUCUACACUGACCUCUCCGUAGACGCUUCAGCUCUCGGCUUGACGCCCUCCAGCGGGGUGUGGGUUGGAGCCUGGUGGAUCGGAUUCGUCGUGUCCUCCGUGACGGCCUUCUUGGCCGCGAUCCCCAUCAGUGCCUUUCCGAAGGUCUUGCCAGGUUCGUUGAAGCUGCAGGCCCAGAAGAAGUCUGAAAUGCACCAGAAACUGCAAAAGAGCGAAGCCGUGCAAAGUGGCUUCGGCGCCCGGGCCAAGGACCUCCCGGCCUCUUUCAAGAUACUCAUCACCAAUCCGACGUUCGUGUUCCUAAGCCUGGCUGGAGCGACAGAAGGUAUGCUGGUGUCUGGCCUGGCGACAUUCCUUCCGAAAGUGAUCGAGUUUCAGUUCAGCAUCGCUGCCAGCUUAGCAGCUCUAAUAAUGGGAGCAGUGACUGUUCCGGGUGCCGGUGGAGGCACGUUUCUAGGUGGCUACUUCGUCAAGAAGUUCAACCUACGCUGCGCUGGCAUUAUCAAGAUGUGCAUCCUUUGCUCCCUUGUGCCAUUGGUCACCAUCUUUGCCUUCUUCUUCAGCUGCCCAAAUGUCAGAUUCGCUGGUGUCAAUUACAAAACCAACAACAUCAGUGUGGGAGUCGAUCGUUUCCUCAGUGAGUGCAACAACCAGUGCCACUGCCAAAUCGAAGACUUCGAUCCCAUCUGUGGAACAGACCACGUCAUGUACUAUUCAGCCUGCUUUGCUGGCUGUCAAAAAGUUCAUCACUACGGAUCAACGAAGGUGUACGAGGACUGCCACUGCAUUGAUCAUCCAGGCCGGAACAUAACUCUAGAAGGAAGGCAGGUGACCAUCCAGGCAGAACGGGAUAAAUGCCCCAGCGAGUGCAACUUCCUCGUGUUCUUCUUGAUUGCAAUGUUCGUCUGCAUGGUCUUCACGUUCCUGGUCAGCAUGCCAUCACUGGCUGCCACACUCAGGUGUGUUGCAGCUAGUCAGAAGUCUUUCGGACUCGGUAUACAAUGGAUUGCAGUGAGGUUAUUAGGAACCAUUCCAGCACCCAUUCUGUUCGGCUUCCUCAUCGACCAGAGCUGUGUGCUGUGGCCUAACUCGUGCGAUGACUCUGGUGCAUGUGCUGUCUACGAAAAUGGCCAGAUGGCACGCAAUCUGCUUGCACUGCUGGCCACCGUAAAGUUCCUCUCGUGCCUAUUCUUCUUCCUCUCGUGGCUCCUAUACAAGGCACCUGAAGGUGGCACUGAGGAAGACGGUGACGUUGAAGCUACUGAGAAAGAAAAGUGCGGCAUUGCCACCAUCAAGCAGGAAAACGUAAUGACAGCACCGUACAAAUCUGCCACAAAUGGAUCAGUAUCAACGGAGCAGCAGCAACAGCAGCAACAGAACCAUCACAACAGUGACAGCAGUACGUGGUUUUGAACACUGCCAAGCGACAAAGGCUACAAGUAGCCUGGCUGUAUGUAGCCUAUUCAAAUUCAUCUAGGUGAUGUGCACGUGGGAUUGCAAGUAUGGGCUGUCAACACUGUGUGUCCGCAACUACCAAAUUUCGGAAGGAACACCAGCAUGAGGAGAAAGCUUUAAGCGUCGGCUUCAAGUACCGAUUCUUGGCAAAAUUUCUCUAGUAGUGAGCUUGCAUUCAGUGCAUAUUCGACACACAACUUCCCUAUAAAGAUUCAACUAGAUGCAGGCCCGCAAACUUUUUGUGGCACUAGAGCAAUACUCUCUGCCUGAAAGCCAAACUGGGAAGCAACAUAUAUUUGUUACACUUACUAACUGCUAUGUGUGCCUGAAGGGCCUUCACAAACUUCACCAUACGCAAGCCUAUGGAUUUGGCAACCAAACCUUGUAACUGGCACCUCAAGAUGACAUUGUACCCAAGACAUCAACUAUGCUGUCCUGCUCACCACAUGUCCAUAAAAGCACUAAGCCCCCGUGUCUACAGCCUUCAGCACACCUCAGCUGGCAGAAAAAUAUGAAGAACGUAUUCUAAAUUGUGCGCUUCAGUAUGAUGUUUCAAGUUCAGGAUGAAGUACCUGCAUUGUAUUGACUGCCUACAGAAUUUCAGCAUCUGAAAACUUUGCACACUUCUUGGAUGCCUGAGCCUUUGUGCAAUUUUUCGUCUGUGAGUGUAGCAUAACUUCAGCAGCAUUGACAUGUGAUUCUCAGAGUAUGUUGUGCAAGUCCUCAAGCAAGUGAUUUCAUGUUAGUGUGUGCGAAACUGGAGAUGAGUGGUGUUUAGCAUGUGAACUGGUUGCUGCUGAAUGUCUUGUUUCGUGUUGAAGUGGUGAAACAAAGGGACCUGUUUUUGUGGAACGGUAGACAAUGCUGCUCCAGUGAAAUGAGCAUCAGAACUUUGGCAUGAAUACUAUGAACUAUUCUUAGUGCCUGUUCCUGGAAGAUUUCAUGUGGUCUUUGUAUUAUAAUGUCCUUACAAAUUAGUGGGGCAACAUAUCUGUAGAUUUGUAAUACCCAAGAGCGUAUGCUCUUAUGUACUGUGCACACAAAUUAAUGUGAGAGCAAAACAUGCAAUGAAACUCGUACUCAUCAUUUUACUUCAGAAGUAUACAGUCUGAAGCUGUUUUGAAAUUGCUGUUAUUUGUGCUAUAACAGAAAGUUAAUCUAUAUUUGCUUCUACAAUCACCGCUGAGAGGACGGUGCCCUAAAUUGCUAUUUUAUUGAUACUAGCAGACUUACUCAUGGUGCAGUGAUGCUGGCAACACUUCGUUUAAGUGUUAUUUAAUGUCGGUAAAACCAAACUUAAGUUAGGGCCACUCCAGCAGCAGAAUACAAGAACAUCUUGGUAAGUUGCGUUCGUGCCUGUUAAAGAAAGUUUCAUAGAUACUCAAAGCUCAUGGAAUCUUUUAUAGCCCAAAUGCAGCUUGAAAAUGUAAAAUGCUAUAUGUUUUGGGGCAGUCUUAUACUAAAGCAAAUAUUACAACAGUAUACUGUUAUUGCUAAAAUAGGGAACCAUUUAUCACAAGCGCAUCAGGCCAAGUGCUUUUAAAGUUACAUAUUGCAAAACCUUGCUGAAGGGUUUGUUGGCAUUCCAUAGACUCUUUUCUAGGUGUGACAUGAUGGCAGCCUUAUAUCAGAGCAUCAGUGCAUUGAGAGUACGGAGCAUAAGGAACUUCAUGGCCUAGUGUUCGUUUGCUACUUCUGUGAUAGUGAAUCCGGUGACUUUUAUUUCACACAGAAUGAUGGGAGCCAAUGCUGACAUGUUUGUUAGCAAACUUAAUGUAGUUGUAAUGAACACUGCCACUGUUCCGCUCAUUUUUUAAAUGCUCCCAACGUUUAUUUCGAUUAUAGUAUGCUGUGUCCAUUGGUUCUCACAUAAUUUUACUUUUUAUGACAUUCCUUAAUGCUUCCCUCAGAUCAAAUAUUUUGCUUCUCUCAGAUUAAUGCUGCUAAUAUCUUUUCAGUGGUAUGUGAGAGACCAUAUGGAAACGGCUGUAUACAGCACAGCACUUUAACUUCCUAGGCAUGACCCCUCCUUUCCUGUUAAUGAUUGCUGUCGAGUGCAAUGACUGGCUUCGUGCAUGUGGCUCAAACACAAACGGUAUUCUUAGUGCAUCAGUGACAUGUUGCAGUUGUUUUACAAGUAACUUGCUGCUCUUAUUUGGUGUUCUGUGCUAGAAGCGCAAGAAUCAGUGACCUGUGGAAGACAAAUAUUGUCACACGGUGUUGUAAUCAUAUUUAUGUGUUUCUACCAUGACCCUUCAUACAAAAAGACAAAACGGAACUUUUGUUCAAAGCGUACAUUAAACUGCAGCAAAUUCUAAUCUAAUAUAACCGACUGGGCACUAGUGCCGACACAGCAUGACAUCAAAUUUGUAUAGUCGUCAAGCCUUCUACAACAAUGAGAAGGACCACUUGGUUUCUAUGCCACUGUACAGACGAGUUGCAAAUUUUCUAUAAAAAUUGCAAACCAAACAAUGUGUACUGUGUGCUGCUAUUCUUCCUAAAGGU